AUGGAUACUGACGGAAUUAUUUCCAGACUGCAAUGUGAGAGAGUCUUGGCAAGAUAUUUCCGGAAUUCAGAGAACAUUCUAACUUCUUUCCUCUUGACACCACUAUCAAAUCAGUUGGAUGGUUUCAUUGGCGAACAGUACAUCCUGAAGCUACAAUAUGAAAAUGGAAAGACACCUAAUGAACUCACCUUUUUCGUCAAGAUUCUGAAUGGAUCUAACCGAGUGAUGUUCGAGAUGUCCAAAGAAAUGAAAGCUUUCGAGAAAGAGUCUUUCUACUACGAAACUUUACUGCCCUCAAUGCUGAUAAAACGUUUGGAUUGUGAUUAUGUUACUAGAAGCUAUUUUUGUGAACCUUACAUGAUAGUAUUGGAGAAUCUGGGAGAAUCUGGAUAUCGUGGAUCAGGAAAAAACGUUGCUCUCGAUUUCAAACAUUGCACUAUGUGUUUGAAAACUUUGGCAAAGUUCCACGCUGAACCAAUACUGUACGAGCUCUACAAGUCUCAAGAACAUGGAAAGCCAUAUAAGUUAACAGAUGAUUAUGGGGAUGUAUUAGAAGAUUAUGUCAUGACGAAAGUUGGUAAUGGAGCAAAUAAAUUCAUGCGAUGUUCUAUUAAGGGGAUGCUUGAUCUCAUAGAGCUUGUACCAGAAAAUGGGGUUAGCAGAAGUUCUUUCAAGAAAGCAUUACAAGAAGAAUCGAAUAGGUUAUUGGGCGAAGAAAAGUAUAGCCAGGGUUUCAGAUCAACGAUAAUACACUGCGACUUAUGGUCGAACAAUUUUUUGUAUCAAUACGACAAGAGAAAUGAGAUUGAACGGUGCAAAAUUAUUGAUUUCCAAACAGUUGCAUAUGGUCCACCAGCCUUCGACGUCAUGUCGUUUAUCCAGUCGAAUACCAGAAAAAGUUUCAGAGACAAAUAUCAACAGAAACUCUUGAUAUAUUAUUAUGAUACACUGAGUGGGUUGUUGGAAGGAAAAGGUUUCCAAGCGUCGGAAAUUCUGAGCGAACAAGAAUUCAGAAAGUCAUCUGAAUAUUUCAGCGUUCCAGCAAAAAUUCGAGCAAUUGUAGAUAGAGCCAUGACGUUUAUUCCAGACGAUAAGUUCAAUGAAGCAGCCCAAUCUGAAGAAACGUUUUCUAGACUACUAUUUGAAGAUCGUGGAAAGGUCAUAAUAGAGGCGUACGAGAGUGAUGAUAAAUUCAAGGAUCUCAUAACAGAAGAUAUUCUGGAACUGAGAUCAAUGCUUUCUGUAUGA